AUGAAUCUUUUUAAUUAUUUUCUGCAGAAAUGCCCAGUGCUCCUGCUUGUAGGAUUACUUCAACAAGCAGGUCUUGAUGUUUCAUUUAGCAAAGCUAAACUGAUGCUGGUUCUUGUUACGCUUGAAGUUAAGGGAUACAGAGAACAUGUAACACUUGGAUAUACGGAAUGCAAGUACAAGGCAAAUCAUGCCAUUCCCAGCAUCAUUCCUAUCAAUGGCACAUGUCAUGAUACUUGUGGUGGUGUUCCCAUAAAGUUUCCCUUUGGUUCUGGAUUUGGUUGUGGGCAUCCUCACUUUGCUAGAUACAUCAGAUGCAGUUCUGGGGUGCUCCAGUUCACCACUGGCACUGGCAUAUACACUGUAUCCUCAAUAGACUACUCAAGCAACACCAUUCUUGUUACAGAUCCUCUCAUGUCAACCUGUUCUUCAAUGCAGAACUCAGGAAGCUUUAUAUUGGAUCGCGAGAGCCCAUUCAGCAUAACAACAGACAAUGUAUUUGUUCUGCUUGGAUGCUCCACAACAUCUCCAGUGUUUGAUAAAAGACAAGAUCUAUGCGAUACAGGUUCAGGCUCAAAUAUAUGCAGAGGCUUGUAUUCUUGCAAUGCAAUUACUGGGAUUGGGUUGGUACCAAGUGCACCAAUAUCCACCUGUUGUGUUUAUGAACCUCCAAUUCCUCUCGGUUCAGGUUAUGGUUUGGAUCUUCCUAAGCUCCAAUGCUCAUCAUAUUCAUCAGUUAUUGGUUUUGGAGGGGACGAAGGAAAUCCAAUGAAAUGGCAGUAUGGGAUUCCAUUGCAAUUCAAUGGCUCAUAUUAUACAGAAUCGUGCAAAAACUGCGAGGAUAGUGGAGGGUCCUGUGGUUUUUCUGGUUUCAACCAGUCAUUUGCCUGUAUUUGCAAGAAUGGAAUGAAUACCACCAUCAAUUGCUACGGACGAGGUAGCUGCACCUGUAGUACUUUUCUUGGUUUCAAAUUUGACGCCUAA